AGAGAACGAUUCUGCGGAAGAGAACAAGGCCACGACUAUGAAGCCAGAAGCUGUAGUCACCGCGAUCGCGAGUAUGUUGCAUUUCCUUUGCAACCGUCAUGCGAACUACCUUCAGUUCCUUACAGGACUCUUUUUAUAUGGGAAUGGUACCGCUCGGACUGUCAUCGGCGUUCUCUCCAAAAUUGGCCUGACUGUAUCUCACCAAACGAUCCAUCGAACACUAGAAGCAGCCGUUACCAAACAAUUUAAUAUCGUGUACGACAACAUCAACAUUGCAUUCCGCAAGCACGACCAAAGGCUUUUCAAUCAGGACUCGUCCGACAAUGGAACGAUUGCAACUCUCAUCGUAUCGGACGUUGCUGCUGAGGAACAGCUGGAGACCAAUUCUGCGAGACGCCUAUCCUUCGACGACCUCUUACCCAGAUGGCACCAAAACAUCGCUAUGUUCCAAGCUUUCCGCUUCCACUUGGUUGGGGGUUUACAACGACGUGUCGAAGCCCUCAAGAACUGCUCAUGGCCCACCCCAACAAUCCAACUUCUGCCGGUCGAUGCGAUCAAAACUUACCCGUUGUCUUUGAUGCAAAUUAACCAGGCGACUGUCCAGGGAAACAAGGAUAUUGCAACAACGAUUAUGGAGACUGAGCUUCAACUGCCACUGAGCUGGUUUGAUGGAAGGUGGAUACUUAUCGCAGGGGACCAGCUUACAACAGCCAGAAUUCGCUCCUUGAAGAAUCAGCGCUGGGAUGACAUUUCGACCUAUCAUCGACAUGAAUAUGCAAUUCCAAUAAUGCAGUUAUUCCAUCUGCAGAUGUUGUUGGGCGCCACCAUUCUUCGCCACCACUAUGGCUCGGCCGCAACGUCAGGCCUUGAUAAGCUCGACUUUCAUGCAACAGAUGAGUUACUUCGCCGCUCUUUUGAUGCGAUAGCUUUGAGAGUAUGGGAGGUUAUAUUAGAGUACGAUAACCUGAGCGAAUACCGGCACAACGGCACAGAAGCAGAGGUCCUCGACUUUGUUGGCUCCAAAAUUAACGCCAUCCUCGAGCGCUUUAUCAUAGAGGGCAACCAAGAACAACUUGCUGACGUUGCUUCAAGAAACGCUGCCCUAUUCCUCAGAGACAUGACGCUGUACAUCGAGCUUGCCUCAGCUAUCAAUUGCGGCGAUACCGGACGCCUGGAGAACGCCAUCAAAUACAACAACUUAAAGACCAAGGAAAUUCAUGGCUUGAGGGGACGUAGUGCAAACUGGGGGACAAUGGGAAGAGCAGUUUCAACCAACAUUAGGACCUUUGAUCAAAUCGGAAAAGAGUUUCAAAAGGCGCGGGGUAUAACUCCCGCUGGCACCAACCAUACGACAGUGUCAGACACCAAUGACAUUAACGCAAUACUGCAGAUGAUCCAGGAGAAUAGUAUCCUAGGCAAUGGUAUUCAGCCGCUCCCGGAUAUCGAGGGAGUGAAUGAUCUGUUUGAGGAUAGCAUGGUGGAGCUGAUGAGAAAUGAAUAUCUAGAGAGUUUUAUCGAGCGCAACACUCGUCUCCGGCAAGAAACUGAGAGUGAUGGAAGAGCAAGUCCCAUGUCGACGGACGAUGAAAUAAACAGCGAGAUGGACUAUGGGAUGGAUGCUGAGGUGGACAAAAGCAUGGAUGAUCAGAUAGAUAAUGAGGUGGGGUGGAAUGGUAUAGAGUUCGGCAUCGAUGAUUAUGUUCAGGUUACUGCAGAAUAAAAACGUAUUUAUUUUCACCCGAUACCCUUUUUAUAACACGUAGUCUUCAGCUUUUAACACACUGAUGAGGUGUGGCGCUGUUGCUGUUACUGUUGCUGUUACUGUUGCUGUUGCUGUUCCUUUUG